GAAGGGGGCGGUGGCUGGAGUUGGAGCUGAAGAUCAUUGCAGAUGUCGGAAUCAUCGGUGUCCCAAAUGCCGGAAAAUCGUCGUUUCUCUACGCAGUCACGGAGAAGAAGCCUCGCAUCGCCGCGUAUCCGUUUACGACCACGGUUCCGAAUUUAGGCUACUAUGACUACGACGUGCACGGCGGAAUCACUCUCUGUGACGUGCCGGGUCUUAUUGAAGGAGCCAGUGAGGGCCGAGGGAUGGGCUUCAUGUUCCUCCGCCAUGUCGAGCGAUGUCAGACACUCAUCCACGUGAUUGCCGGAGAUUCGGAGGACCCGAUCGGGGAUUUCGAGACCAUCCAGAAGGAGCUGCGGGACUACAGCACGGAGGUCGCCAUGAAGCCGCAGGUCAUCGUGGUCAACAAGUGCGACCUCCCCGAAGUUCAGGAGAGGCUGCCGGCACUGAUGAAGGAGCUCCGCAGGCGUUGUGGGCAUACGCGCGUCUUCAACAUCUCCGCGGCGACAAGGUACAACACCGACGAGCUGAUGGAGCGGGUGUACAAGUGGCACCGAACGGUGGUGCGCAAGGACUGGGAUGAAAAUGGCUCGCCCGCCUCAGAUGCCGCACACGUCGUUGGGAGGCGGGAGCUGACUCAGCUUGGUGGCAAGGUCGAGGAGGUGGGACGUGGAGAGCCAGUGGAACUGGACAAGGCCUUGCCCACAGGCCGCCGACAGAAGUCGGAGUACCAGGCGAAGGUGGAAUGGGAUGUGAUCGACGAGGCAUGGCGUGUCAUACACCCGGAGGUGGAGCAGGUUGCGCUCCGAACCGAUUGGACGUACACCGGUGGCUACGACCGCCUGAACAGCAUCAUGAAG